CGUGACGGUUAGCGUAUAGUAGUGCAUGUGCGUGUUGUUGGGGACAGGCUUGUUGGCACUGAGGCUAGAAACCCAAGAGAGGGAGAGAAACGCCUGCGACACUCACCUGACUGCACAGGUGAGGAAAAGCUCUGGACAAAGUUAGAUGGAGUUAAUUGGUCCAUGGAGAUAGUUGGAGUUAGUUGGUUUUAUGGCCAAGAUUGAUUAUUUACUUAGAUUAAUGGAUGCUAUUGACUUUGUUUCUCAGUGCUUCUUGGCCUCUCUGUGUGUCAUACCUUUUGUUAGAGAUGUCUAGGGCAGUGGUUUUCAACUGGUGUGCCGCGAAACCUUUCCUGAUCUUAAUAAUGUUUUGGAUCACUUACUUAUAAAGGUGACCUGACCUGUGGAAUGCCCAUGGAAUUUUGACUUGGGAGCACCAGUGCGCUCAGAUAAUACAUUGACAAUACAUUAAUAAUAUAUUGACGUUGGCAUGGUUACAUCUGUAUCAUUGUUUUUCAAGUCCAAUGCGCUCAGGCUGGCAUCAAGAGCAAAGUCAUAUGUAUCAUUUGACUUCACCUGUGAGAACCAUUAGCACAGGCAUGUCUAAUUAGGCUAAGUUGUACCACAGCCUUUGCCAUAGAAACAAACCGACCAUGGCUUUGUGUCGGUGGCUGAACCUUUACAAUGCAGAAAACCUCUCCUCUCCAGCUCAAACCGUUCAAAACUAAAUACUUAUUUUACCUGAGCUAUUUAUUUUUUCUGCCGCAGAUUCUGGGACGCUCUUAAAGGGGUAGCCUACACACAAAUGAAUCAUAAUGAGUAAGGAACUAUGCAAACUAUGAAAAUAGUUCAAAUAAACCCUAUUUAAUCUAUUAAAAAAACAUUUGUCACAGAAAAUAGAAGAUUUGCAGUAUGGAUCAGAUGAGAUGGAGGUCAUUACCACUAAAUCAAUGAAUAGGGAAAUGUUAGAUGUUCUGCAGAAAUGUUUAUCCCAUCAAGGUGUGCCACUGUUCAUAAAAGUUUGGCAACCUCUGGUCUAGGUGUUGACUUUGGAUGAGUUGUUACACCUGGAAGACUCUUGCUGUUCUACAGUAAUAUUAAAGGUAUGAGGGGCAGUCUCUGUGUGAGGGUUCAGUGUGUCCUCAAUAAUAUAGUGAUACAGCAAAUGUAUUGGAUUUCAGUCAUUUUUCAUUUAAUACUCAGCAGCAUGACUUGAAAUUGGUAAGACAUUGAGUAAAAUGAGAAUGCUUCCUCUUCUUGAUUUUCAAAUGCAGUAAACAAAAAUAUAAAAUACGUCUUUCAACAUGUGUUCUAAGGUGAGUGGGUAAGUGAAGUGGCAAAUGAGCAAGUGAUUGAGUAUUGUGUGAGUUUGUGUGUGUGUGUGUUUGCAUUUGUGUGAGUGGGGGCUAGUGAAAGCCAUGCAAUAAUCACAGGACAGAUUUUCCUCUGAGUACCACACAGAAAUGAACAGUUCCUGCUUUUACCAGAGCUUUUGCCAGUGUCUCACCACAAUUACAUGGAAUUCUGAUACAACAGCAGAUGAAGAUUCCAAAUCCAAAUUCGGACAGACUGUUUUGAGCUUAGUGGUCCUCUGUAGCUCAGCUGGUAGAGCACGGCGCUUGUAACGCCAAGGUAGUGGGUUCGAUCCCCGGGACCACCCAAACACACACAAAAAAAUAUGUAUGCACGCAUGACUGUAAGUCGCUUUGGAUAAAAGCGUCUGCUAAAUGGCAUAUUAUAUUAUAUUAUAUUAUUAUUGUGCCAAAAUGUCCAUGUGUGCUGAAAACAUGCAAGCUUUUUAAAGAAAUUAUAUUAAGAGAUGAAUUUCUUCAUGUGAACUAUUGUGGCUAAAUAGCUUCCUUUCUUUGGCUCUUCUCCUGCGUGACCACUGAUGCGAAAAUACUUUAUAGGAGUGAGGGACAUGGUAGAAACCGACCCACUCCUUCAAUUUAUAUGUGGUACAAAAACAAAUAAUACCAGCGUAGGAAGGUUAUGCGAAGGCAAGGGAUUUGGACAUUGAGAAGGUUUGGGGAAGGAUUGAAAAUGGCAAUACAUAUCUUUCCACAGUAGGUCUUCGCCUCCUGCCUGUGGGGCUAUGCAGGUGACUGCUCUGUUUGUCGCCCCCUACUGGGCAGGGCGGAAGAGAGAGCACUCUAAUGAGAGAGGGGGCCUGUGGCUCACCAUCUGCCCACUGUGCUGGGACUGCAUUGGGCAGGACUGUACUAGAUACUGGUCCAGAGACACACUGCUGCCAGGUAGAGGAUACACACACACACACACAAAUGCUCUCUUGAAUGCAUGGAGGUGCACAGGCAUGCAAGAACAAGCACACACACACACAAAUGCACUCAGAAAAUACAUGCACGCAUGCACACAUACAUGCAAACAUAGGUACUGUACAGGCACUAUACAUGUCGCAACAAAAUUUUGUCAUAGUUUUAUAGUUUGUAAUUGUGGCCUUAUAAGCAAUAGUCUACCUCACACAGACUGUGAUGGAGUGAUGGUGGAGGGGUGGGCUUCUCACAGGCAGCUCUGAGUGCUGUGUGUGUGGGAGGGGGGAGCGGGUGUACUUUAAGACCAUCUGCUCCUUGGAGUAUUUUAGUGAGGGCCAGAGCUUGUGGACCAGCACGCGUCACAGGCAAACAGCAACGCAAGCUGUGAGCUGGCCUGUUCCGGAAAAUUCCUCCAGUUUCUGCCUCACAAUGGGCAGUGUUCUGCGUACAGGGUUUCCUUUAUUCCUAUGAGCCACCAGCGAGCACUCACAUACAAACAGUAUAUGAUAUUAAGAAUACAAAUUAUCUUGGCUAAGCUGGCUCGUUCUCUUGAGGACAGUGGGGCCAUUUGUUAUUGGUUGAUCUUUUGGAAAAUGAGUCAUGGUAAUAUGGCAAGCUGUCAUGACCUGUUUCUGCCUUACUGAUUCUGUGUCCAUAGUCUCAUUGUGGCACUAUACGUCAUGGAAAUAGCCUACACUAGGCCAUAUGCACAGUGUACACCAUGAUUUUCUCUUUGAAGAAUAAUUGUUAGAAUGAAAUUAUAGGGAUAAGGAUUCCUGUGAUUAUUCUGUCAAUUAACUACUGUGUUGGGGCUGGGAUAAUACUGCCUCCACAGGCUAAGUGAAACACUAUGAAGAACAGGAGGAGUGGUGGAGUGUACGCCUAGGGAGAUUCUCAAUUGAGCAAAAGUACGUCCUCUCCUCGACUCCUCCGUCCUCCUCUCCUCCGUGACCCGGAAACCGAUAAGUGGUCGAGUGGUCGAGGAGAGCGUCAGUUUGUUAGUUGGCGAACGAAGGAGUGUCCUCCUCUACUCGAUUACCUACUUCAGCAGAGGACGUACAAGAGCGUUCCUACCGGCGGCCUGCACGGAAGGGUUUUAACAUCCGCCACACCCCCUUUGAAUCAGCUGUUGUUUUCUCGAAGGAGUAAAACUAUGCACACAUUUAAAAAACGAUACACUACUUAUCAUUUUACCUUUAAAAUGUCUUGCACAACCAGCUACAUUUGUUUGUAUCAAUUUGCACAUUUAUUUUGUGAUUCCACCCCUAUAAACGUCAUUUGCCUGAUGAUGCGCGAGUGGAGAAGGAGAGUCUCAUUUCAUACAAGCGCAUUUGUUUCCAGAUUCCCUGGUCAGAGGAGAGGAGGCAGGAGGCGAGCAAAACCAUUUGAGAUUCUCCCAUAGACUCCUAAUGGGGAAUUUGUGUUGCAGUCAUUUGUACAAUGUUAAUGUUUCAAGAGUGAAGGUCCUCACUAAGGUCAUCGCUUAUGCUGUACAUUUCACCUACAGUAUGUACAGAACUGUGACCUGUAGCAGUGUAAUGUCGUUAUUACUGUAUAACACACAGGAACCAACAAUCAUGAGUAAGAAACAACUAUAUCAAAAUCCUUUCAUCAACGUGUUAUUUUUGUCGCAAUACCAUUAACUAAAGUAUAGUAGUUUGGAAAUGUUGCUGUGCCAACAGUGCUAACAAUGACAGUGCGAUAGUAGUCAGAUUAGCAGAUGAGCAUGCAUACACUCUCAGCUCUUUAAAAGGUUGACAUGGCUUAGGAGGGACCCUCCCCCAUGUGGACACGUAUACACACACACACAGGCACACACACACAAUGACCAUGGCGCAGGGAAACACUGCUUUGUCCCAACGGAACGACAGCGAGUGGAGGAGGAUGAGGGGAUGGGGGGAUGAGAGAGGAGGGGGUGGGCAGGAAGGUCACAUAGCUGUUGUGUCGCCGUAAGCGCCACAGUGCGGAGUGUGUUGGCACGCCGUGAGCUGGUGUGUGUGUGUAGGAGGCUGUGGUAUGCUGCACAUUCGUUUGUACAGGCUCCAGUCUGUGAAUGAGGUAUUCACUCUGACUACCAACCUCCCCACCCAGGCCUACCAGCCCAUCCUCAAGUGUGUUUGUGUAGAUGUGUUUGUGUAGGGAUUCCCUUGAAAACAUCCAUGGCUUGAUAGAUGGCCUCUGGCCUAAUGGCUCUUGGAGACAGUGACUCAUGCCACUUAAACUGUAAUAACCGUUCCACCAUGAAAUAGAAGUAUUCUUUGUUGCGUUGAUAUGUAAAGUAGGAGGUCCUCCUAGUUGCUUGCUGGACCUGGUUGUCAUCCCACAUCCACAAACAUUUUUGGUGUGUGUGUGUCCAAGGGAAUGCCCAAAACAUUUUACAACACCAAUAUAAUACUUAUUUUGUAGUAAUAAAAUAAGAACCAUUUUAACCUCCAUUGGUUUAUUUGGCUCAGUUUUUUUCAUAUUUACUCAUAUUUACUCAUUUUGGCUGCAAACGGUAGUCAACAAGGGCACAGUACAAUAUCUAAAGCCUCUAACUGUGGGGGUGUAUGAUUCCAAUGGAUCUGUUUGGAAAUCGAGAAUAUUAUCAUCUGUAUGGGUAUAAAUCCAGCCAUACACAUCUAGUCAUACUCACUAGUCAUAGUGAUAUUAUGACUCAACUUACAUUCACCCUGAGGUCACUGGCUCUUUGUGGAUACAGUAGGUCCUAGCGGGGAAGUUAUCUAAUGCUAGCAGGGUUAAUUUGACCUGGUUGUGAGAGUCAAAAGCCUGGUCCAUGAUCUGAGACAGAGAGACAGGCCAUAGCAGAGAUGGCGAUAGAGGAGAGGAAUGCGUGGAGUGGGCCUAGGAAAAGGCAGAGACAUUUUUGAAUUCAUAUUCAGAACUACCCACCACACACAUUCACCACAGCCUGCAGCUCACACAGUCUCUCUUCCCCUCUUUCCCCCUCUCUCUCUCUCUCUGUCUUUGUCCCUCUUUCUCUCUCCAUCCUCUGUCCUAGAAUCCAUAGAACCCGACAGACAGGAUUUUUCAGCCUGUGGAGAACCACAAGGGAACCACACGCUCGGGGAGAACGUAGAACCGACAGAACCGAGGGAAGGAACCGAGAGGGAGCCGGAGCCUGGUGCUGAAGCUGGUAUGAGGCAAGUGGUCUGUGGCUGGUCUCUGUGCAGGCCGUUUGUCUGCCAAUCAAUGGCUCUCGUUGUUGUUGCUGGUGGUGUCAGUGCCCUGCUCUCUGGGCUAUUCUGUUCCUCCUGCCAUUGCUGAUGCAUUGCCUCUCAGCUCAGACACAGUCCCUCUCUUGGGGUUUUGUCUAAUGCAGAUGGUACAGCUUGACACAAUAUUUUAGAAACGUUUUACUAGCAUUAGCUAUGAUUGCCAUAACCUAGAGCCUCAUGGUUUGGUUUAAAGGGGUCCAAGUCAACUUUAUAAGUGAUCAUUAUGUGGACCGUACUUUUUACUUUGUAUUUCCAAUGUGUGUGUGUGUGUGUGUGUGUGUGUGUGAGAGUGUGUGUAUAAGUGUUAUGACACCGUUUGGAAAUACGCAUGAGCAUGCUGUUUGUGUGCGUACGGUCGCUUGUUUGAGAAAGGGAUGUUCAUGUGCCUCAGCCCAGAAUAACCUCUCCCUAUUGUUGCCAAACUGCCUAAAACCAACAGAAUUUGCCCUUAUUUUCUGUAUGAACACAGCUUAUCAGCCUAUAGACUGUCUGGGGACGUAGUGUGUGUUAAUCAUGGAGCUCUCCAACACAAUCCACUCUUAGGCCCACCAUCUGCAGCCACCGGCUGCUCGGAGGGGGGCUAAAGACAAGUCAUUGCCUCCAUAGCAUCAUGAAUGACAUAAAUGGGGAGACACAGACUGGUAGAUACAGACUAAAUGGUCCAAACAACCAACGGACCAAAUGAUGAUGGUUGACGCCAUGAUGUAAUGUAUUGGAUAAGGGCCAAGGGACUAGGGUAGUGAGUCAUGGUUAUGAACAGCAUCCAACAGUGACUGUCUGUCGAAGACCUGGGACUUACGUAUGAAUAGCCUAAUGAGUGACUCUACUAGCAGUCACACUACGGGGCCCAAACAGGUGCCGUCUGAGAGAGCGAGAGGGAGAGAGAGAGCGAGAGAGAGAGAGUGUGCGUCACCAUGUCUAUGUGCCAGUGCCAGUAAAGAGCCUGCUGUGCAUCUCAGGCAGCAGGGCUGAUGUCAUCGCCUGAUGCUGAUGUCACUUGUUGUGUGUUUUUUUGUGUGUUUUUUACAGAGAAGUUAAGGGAGAGGGCUGUCGAGCUGUCUGGGUGUGAUUGGGUGCCCUCUAGUGAACAUUACUACUAUUACGACCACCAAGCUGAGAAAUCAGACAUUUUCUGUCUUGGCUACUUUUCCCUCAUUUUGCAAUUCAAGGUGAUACUCAGUAAUUUCUAACAUCUUUUUACACACAAUCAUCUUGAGAUAUGUCAUUGUUACCUGAGAUAAAAGCAACAUAGGCUCAUUAGAAUAUAUACCAAAAAAAGUGACAUUUAACCAUUGCAGUUAUAUACCACCACUACUGACAUUCGUUACAUGUCACUAUAAUCGCAUAUUUAAUAUAUAUCACAUAGCAUGGGGCUCCAUUGGUCCAGAACAGAAUGGUAACGUGUGAAGUAGUUGAUGUGUAAUUGAUGUCCGAUGUCUGUUGCAGAGGUCUCUGGUUCAGGGUUAAACAGACACCAUGUGGUGUUUGGAGCUGCUUCUGCCGCUGUUGCUGAUCAUCAAAGGUAAAACUUAUGUUUCUCAUUCUCUCUUGUCAGUGUGAAUAACUACUCAAUUACACCACAAUAACUCAGACUGUGGAAAUUCCCUUAAAGGCUACAGAUUUAAUACUAGAAAUGAAUUAAUCUACAUAUGCAAUUUCAGUGUAAAACUGAUUGGGUGGUUUUACUGCAUUGACCCAGUGUGUCAAACUUACAACACUAAAGCAAAAGGGUACACAGGGUCCAACUGGCACACAUGGCAGCAGGGAAUCAGCCUACUGUUCCAGUGCUGUGGGAUGGCUGGCUGGCGUCCAUCUUGGCUCAACCUUGUCCCUCUCACUUAAACAGUUGUGCCAGUGGUGAGAGUGAGACAUAUGCUUCCUCCACAUAGGGUCUCUGCUCUUACCAGCUCACCCAGGGAGAACCUCAUGAUAUCAUCCUAUGUUCUCUCUCUCUCUUUGUCUCUCUCUGUUCAUCUUUUCUCAGUGAGUCCAUUUGAAACUGUAUAUGUAUUGUAGAUUGAUUGUUCAUUGAUAUACAGUUUCACUCUCAAUAUUACCAUUUCCAAUCUUCCUCCCAUCUCCCUCCUUCCCUCCCUCAGAUGUCAGUGGCCAGUGGAACGUAUGGAUACCCAGGGACAUCUCAGCCAUGACCAACUCCUGCGUGAUCAUCCCCUGCACAUUCAUGUACCCGUCCGGUAUCCGGCCGUACCGCGGCAUCCACGGCAUCUGGUACUUUGGCCAGCCCUACCCUCAGCUCUUCCCACCUGUGGUGUUCAAGACGCGCACAGACAUUGUGCAUGAAAGUUACAAAGGGCGUACCAAGCUCAUUGGGGACCUGCACCAGAGGAACUGCACCCUGCUCAUCAGUAAUAUAGGUACAGAGCACUCAGGGAGGUACUACUUCCGUGCCGACCUGGGCGGUGCCAACAUCUAUACCUACCCAGACUUCUCUGAGCUCAAGGUGCUGGGUAAGCAUUUACUAUGUUUACAAUUGUUUACAAUCAUAGGUGUCACAUUUAUUGUCUGGAUUUCCCUAGCCUGGUACCAUAUCUGUUGUGCUGUCUUGCCAACUACUGUAGACACUGUUUGGCAUUACAUGGCCUGACAAUGACAAUAGGAGUUGGCAAGCACAAAUAGAUCUGGGCCAGGCUAGGAUUGCCCUAGCUGUGAUUAUAAUUAUUAUAGUUUUAAUGAGAACAGGUAAAUAUUGUGAAUUGGUGAAUUUUAACUCAUUCACACCCCCAGACCAGCCCAACAUUGACAUCCCUGAGGAGAUAGUCGCUGAUGAGAAUCUGGAGUUGACGUGCUAUGCUCCAGACAAUUGUCCAGAGAAUAGCCCAGAGAUCGAAUGGAUGAACACAGUCUACCUGCCUGAACCCGAGUAUACCUCAGACUACGUGGAAGAAAGCAAUACAGCCGUACUGUCCAGCACGCUCACCUUCACCCCCAGGCCCAGGCACAACGGCCAGCUCCUGGGCUGCAGGGUCUACUACCCCAACAGCACCCUGGUCUACGAGAGACUCAUCUCUCUGGACGUCAAGUGUAAGUGACCAACUGACCGUUGUCACCAAACCUGUAGGUUGAAUCCUCAAGUUCUGUGAGAAGCGUGUCAUUUGGACACAACAGAGGACACAUUAUGUAAUGUGGGGGAUUAUAUAAAUAUAGAAUAACUAAUCCUGCCAUAUUUCUGACGCACACAUUGUAGAACCAUUUUCAAUAUCUACAGUUAUCCAUUAUUCUCCAUCAACAGUAGAAGGAUAGCAGCUUGAUUUAGCAAUAUAUUGCAUGAUUGUGACAUGGCUGCCAUAGGGUAUGUUAGCCUUGCAUCCAAACCUGUUUUUCUAUUUUUCACCUUUGUUUUUCUUUGAAACAAUGAUGAGCGCAGUGUUGGGUCUGGUUUAACCAGGUUUGGCGUAGUCAGCAGGAUUAUUAUUAUUAUUAUUAUUUAUAUAAUCCCCCACAUUACAUAAUAUGUCCUCUGUUGUGUCCAAAUAACCAAUCCCUCACACUUUUAACCAGGUUAUACACUUGUCACUUUUACAAGUCUAACCCCACCUUCCCCUUCCUCUCACCCCAGACGCCCCUCGCUCGGUGUGGGUGAACGUGUCCGUGGAGGUGAUGGAGGGCAGCUCCGUGACGCUGCACUGUGAGGUGGACAGUAACCCUCCUCCCAGGAUCUCCUGGCUGUUUGGGGACCAGGAGCUACUGUGGGACACGGCCUCCAACGCCUCGCUCUCCCUGGAUGACUUAACCCCCGCUCAGGAGGGCAUCUACACCUGCGUGGGGGAUAACGGCUACGGCGUCAUGAACACAUCCAUGUACCUGGCCGUCUUGUGUGAGUGUCAUUGUGCAACAUUGUGUUUGUGGAAUAAUCAAAAAUAGUUACAUUUAACCAUUGUAGUUAUAAGUCAACCAAGCUGACAUUUUAGUUUACCUGUAACUUCUUCUUUAAGAGGUUCCUCUGUCCUCCACUCGUUACCUGUAUUAAUGGCACCUUUUGAACUUGUUAUCAGUAUAAAAGACACCUGUCCACAACCUCAAACAGUCACACUCCAAACUCCACUUUGGCCAAGACCAAAGAGCUGUCAAAGGACACCAGAAACAAAAUCGUAGACCUGCACCAGGCUGGGAAGACUGAAUCUGCAAUAGGUAAGCAGCUUGGUUUGAAGAAAUCAACUGUGGGAGCAUUAUUAGGAAAUGGAAGACACAGACCACUGAUAAUCUCCCUCGAUCUGGGGCACCACGCAAGAUCUCACCCUGUGGGGUCAAAAUGAUCACAAGAACGGUGAGCAAAAAUCCCAGAACCACACGGGGGCACCUAGUGAAUGACCUGCAGAGAGCUGGGACCAAAGUAACAAAGCCUACCAUCAGUAACACACUACGCCGCCAGGACUCAAAUCCUGCAGUGUCCCCCUGCUUAAGCCAGUACAUGUCCAGGCCCGUCUGAAGUUUGCUAGAGUGCAUUUGGAUGAUCCAGAAGAGGAUUGGGAGAAUGUCAUAUGGUCAGAUGAAACCAAAAUAGAACCUUUUGGUAAAAACGUCAACUCGUCGUGUUUGGAGGACAAGAAUGCUGAGUUGCCAUCCAAAGAACACCAAACCUACUGUGAAGCAUGGGGGUGGAAAACAUCAUGCUUUGGGGCUGUUUUUCUGCAAAGGGACCAUGACGACUGAUCCGUGUAAUGGAAAGAAUGAAUGGGGCCAUGUAUCGUGAGAUUUUGAGUGAAAACCUCCUUCCAUCAGCAAGGGCAUUGAAGAUGAAACGUGGCUGGGUCUUUCAGGAUGACAAUGAUCCCAAACACAACCGCCCUGGCAACGAAGGAGUGGCUUCGUAAGAAGCAUUUCAAGGUCCUGGAGUGGCCUAGGCCAGUCUCCAGAUCUCAACCCCAUAGAAAUCUUUGGAGGGAGUUGAAAGUCUGUGUUGCCCAGCGACAGCCCCAAAACAUCACUGCUCUAGAGGAGACUGCAUGGAGGAAUGGGCCAAAUACCAGCAACAGUGUGUGAAAACCUUGUGAAGACUUACAGAAAACGUUUGACCUGUGUCAUUGCCAACAAGGGUAUAUAACAAGUAUUGAGAAACUUUUGUUAUUGACCAAAUACUUAUUUUCCACCCAUAAUUUGCAAAUAAAUUCAUAAAAAAAUCCAACAAUGUGAUUUUCCUGGAAUUUUUUUCUCAUUUUGUCUGUCAUAGUUACGUGUACCUAUGAUGAAAAUUACAGGCCUCUCUCAUCUUUUUAAGUGGGAGAACUUGCACAAUUGGGUGGCUGACUAAAUACUUUUUUCCCCCGCUGUAUGUGACCAACCGGCUCGAUUCAUGUGUGAGGUGUGAGGCCAGUGCUAAACAGUGAGUACGGUCAUGUACUAAACAACCAAAGAUUUCAAGACUAAAGGCUGGUUUAUACUGCGUCUAUCAACAUGUCUGUAUACAGUUGUCAUUCAUUAUUACAGAAAAAUAAACUCACAACAAGAUCAUUAUUUACAAGUUAAUGGCGAGCUAAUUACAGAAAAUUGUUUAUGGUUGUGAGUGUAAAAGCAGGUCCUUCUACUGGAUAAUUUUUUUACUUGGACACUGUCUUGUUGGCCUAACGUUUAAUCCUAAUUUCACUUUGGUGAAGGUCAUGUUGUUGUUCACAUUACAGUCUCUGGUAAACACACACUAUAUAAAAUAAAAUCAAAGUUUAUUUGUCACAUGCACAGGAUACAGAAGGUGUAAACGGUACUAGCUAGCUAACAUUAGGCUAUAACUAGCAGUGCAAAUGGCUCUGAGAUAUGAAUAAUAUUACUACACGUAAUGUUAGCUAGCGAGCCAGCCAGCCUGCUAACAUUAGCUAGCUAACAGUAUGCUUUAACUUGCAAUGAAAAUUUGAAACAUAUAAUAUCUGAAAAUGUAGCUAGCUAUACUCUCUUACCCGUAUACAGUACAUGGAUGAACGAUUCUCCCUCUCUGUCAUGGAUGCCAUGGUUGCCCUUAAUUUUGAAGAUGUAAUCCGGAGACAGGUGUUUUGUGUUCUCUUUUCGACUCUCUCUGCAUUUGCAAUCAAACGACUGAAUUUUCUCCAUCUCCUUAGCUAUCAUGCUCUGCUUCCACCGGGAAUUCCACUGAUUUCAAAACUUGGUCCUCCAGAAAGUGGGCAGCUAUCUUUAAAAAAAUCUGCGUUAGAAAGGAUUACCUACACAUACUGAGCAGCUCAUUAUAGACAGAAGCCUGCUACAUGGCAGACCAAUCCGAACUCAUCUCUCGGAAUGUCCAGCCCACCCAUUAUCUCAGCCAAUCAUGGCUAGUGGGAAGGUUCUUGUCUUUUUCCGAUGCUAAACCAACUAGGCUCGUAAUUUAAAUUGUAUACUUAUUUAAAGAUGGUAUACAAGUUUGUUAUUAAGGCACAUGAAAAUUCACAUGAUCCAGAAGGCAUUUCUGCCCAAAAACAUAUUUUGAUGAAUAAUAAAAUGUUUCUGUUCAAAUGCCUCUCCUUUGAAGUAGUGAAGCGCGAUAUAUAUAAUGACGUAUUAGUUAUGUGAUAAACCAGGCCCAUAGCUUCUUGCGCUUGUUUAUACACAGUACGUUCUAUCCUCUUUAACGUACUCCAUUGUUCAACUCCUUUCAUUCUCCUCAUAUCGCUCUACAUUUCAUCCCUUCUAUGUCCUCCCUGCAGACCCUCCCAGUGAGCCAGUGAUAAACAGCUCCCUGACCAUUUUGGAAGGUUCCUCCAUCUCCCUGCAAUGUAGCACCCAAGGCAAUCCCGCGCCCACCCUCACCUGGCUGAAGGACGGGGAGCUGGUGGGCACCAUCACGGCUGAGGAGGUGUCUGUGCUGGAGCUUCUGGAGCUUACCCCUCAGGGAGACGGACAGUACCGCUGCCUGGCAGAGAACGAACACGGACGAGCCAGUAGCUCCCUCAACAUCACUGUGGAAUGUGAGUGGGUCAUCAAAUCAUGUAAUGUUGUUUCAUAUCAUAUGGUAUGGUACCAUAUCGUAUUGUACCACACUACGCUACACAACACUACACCAUCCUAUCCCACUCUACAUAUCAGUCAUACCCCUACCUCCACCCUCUCUUCAGACGCCCCUGUCCUUCUGGAAGAGUCCAAGUGCACAGUGGUGAGGGAGGGAGUCCAGUGUGUUUGCAUGGCUACAGGCAACCCUGAGCCCACCAUCGAGUUCUACCUCCCCGACAAGAACAUCACCAUCAACGACACGGAUGGCCGCUACAACUACUACACGCACACAGACGGCCACACGUCCACGGGCAUGAUCAAGCUACGGGAGAAGGGUGAGCGCCUGGGCAACGGUGCCGUCAAUGUGCACUGCAGCAUCAGCAACAUGUACGGGUCGGAGAGCGUUCAUCUGGAGUUGCAGCAGGAGAGUGAGUACACAAGUUCAGGUUUAUGGUUAAACACAGAAACAAACUCCAUACCGUUAAAAUGCAAAACAUUGUAUAGCAGAGCAUACAUGAGAGAUUGAACUGAAAUGAGAAGUGUAGUACCUUUAUAUGAUAUCUAGAUUGACUGUAUAAGUAAGUCCACAAACUGGCUACCCCAUUGGCUUGAUAUGGCAAUGGCAUUAUCUUGAAUGUAAACAAGCUAAAUUAUAGUACCAUGACCUAGCUAAACAGUAUUUUCUGUUUCUACACUACCUUCAAUAUGAUGUUCUUGUCCGAUGUUAGAGAAGUACAUGAUGGCAGUGAUCGUUGGCACCAUUGGUGGAGUGGCUGUCAUCGCCUUCAUCAUCGCAGCAGUGAGAUAUGUGGGCCAUAACAACAAGAAGUGA